CGCAGUGCUGGCGGCGAGAAGCAGUCGGGUUUGGAGCGCUUGGGUCGCGUUGGUGAGCGGUGGAACGCACCCAGGGACCCCAGUUCCCGCGAGCAGCUCCGCGCCACGCCUGAGAGACUAAGCUGAAACUGCUGCUCAGCUCCCAAGAUGGUGCCACCCAAAUUGCAUGUGCUUUUCUGCCUCUGCGGCUGCCUGGCUGUGGUUUAUCCUUUUGACUGGCAAUACAUAAAUCCUGUUGCCCAUAUGAAAUCAUCAGCAUGGGUCAACAAAAUACAAGUACUGAUGGCUGCUGCAAGCUUUGGCCAAACUAAAAUCCCCAGGGGAAAUGGGCCUUAUUCCGUUGGUUGUAUGGACUUAAUGUUUGAUCACACUAAUAAGGGCACUUUCUUGCGUUUAUAUUAUCCAUCCCAAGAUAAUGAUCGCCUUGACACCCUUUGGAUCCCAAAUAAAGAAUAUUUUUGGGGUCUUAGCAAAUUUCUUGGAACACACUGGCUUAUGGGCAACAUUUUGAGGUUACUCUUUGGUUCAAUGACAACUCCUGCAAACUGGAAUUCCCCUCUGAGGCCUGGUGAAAAAUAUCCACUUGUUGUUUUUUCUCAUGGUCUUGGGGCAUUCAGGACACUUUAUUCUGCUAUUGGCAUUGACCUGGCAUCUCAUGGGUUUAUAGUUGCUGCUGUAGAACACAGAGAUAGAUCUGCAUCUGCAACUUACUAUUUCAAGGACCAAUCUGCUGCAGAAAUAGGGGACAAGUCUUGGCUCUACCUUAGAACCCUGAAACAAGAGGAGGAGACACAUAUACGAAAUGAGCAGGUACGGCAAAGAGCAAAAGAAUGUUCCCAAGCUCUCAGUCUGAUUCUUGACAUUGAUCAUGGAAAGCCAGUGAAGAAUGCAUUAGAUUUAAAGUUUGAUAUGGAACAACUGAAGGUACAACAUGAUAAAGGGCUGCAACCAGCCUCCUCCCCAACGCACACACGGACACAAAAAGCAGUACAGGACUCUAUCGAUAGGGAAAAAAUAGCAGUAAUUGGACAUUCUUUUGGUGGAGCAACGGUUAUUCAGACUCUUAGUGAAGAUCAGAGAUUCAGAUGUGGUAUUGCCCUGGAUGCAUGGAUGUUUCCACUGGGUGAUGAAGUAUAUUCCAGAAUUCCUCAGCCCCUCUUUUUUAUCAACUCUGAAUAUUUCCAAUAUCCUGCUAAUAUCAUAAAAAUGAAAAAAUGCUACUCACCUGAUAAAGAAAGAAAGAUGAUUACAAUCAGGGGUUCAGUCCACCAGAAUUUUGCUGACUUCACUUUUGCAACAGGCAAAAUAAUUGGACACGUGCUCAAAUUAAAGGGAGACAUAGAUUCAGAUGUAGCUAUUGAUCUUAGCAACAAAGCUUCAUUAGCAUUCUUACAAAAGCAUUUAGGACUUCAUAAAGAUUUUGAUCAGUGGGACUGCUUGAUUGAAGGAGAUGAUGAGAAUCUUAUUCCAGGGACCAACAUUAACACAACCAAUCAACACAUCAUGUUACAGAACUCUUCAGGAAUAGAGAAAUACAAUUAGGAUUAAAAGAGAACUGUAUGGUGGAGCAGAGGCUGAGAGAAAAAUACUGUCUGGCUUGGUGACCAGAAAAAGGGGCCAUUGGAGGCUGGAUAAAAGAGGAUCCUGGGAGCCAGAAAAUGUGGAGGACAUCUCAGAGAGGAAAGGAGUUGAAAAUGUUUAACUCCUAAUGCUACAUGUGAACUCUAAGUCUCAGGAUUGCCCCUGAGCUAUGCACAUGCAGAACAGAGCCAAAUAAGCACAGCAAAGUCUUUGACACUUAACUACUAUAUAAACCACUGACCAAAGUCCCUGACUACCCUGGGUGGCUUAUGUACCAGGAAGACCUGAACAACAAAGGCUUUGAAAACUAAACCAACAGGACAAUCACCAACCACAGAAGGAGAAACAGAACAUGUAGGAUGAAUUGAAACCAGCUGAUCAUCUGCUAUAACAAAAACUUCAACAUUCUCCAGAUUUUAACAGGACCCAAUGUCUUAAAACAUAAUAUGCAAAAUGUUCAGGAUAUAAUCCAAAAUUACUCAACAUACAAAGAACCAAGAAAAGCUGACCAUUUCUCUAGGGAAAAGAAAAUCAAGAGCUACAAACCCCAAGAUGACCAGAUACUAAAACUAUCAGACAAAGAUUGUGAAGUGAGAAGUUCAAGAAGUCCAACCAACCCCAAACAGGAUAAACUCAAAUGCCCAGACACAUCAUAAUGUCAUGGCAAAUUGCCCACCAUAUAGUCUCAAAUGAAGAAAAACAGAAUAUAAAACUAUACAUAGGAUGAAAUCAGUUGUGUCUAAAAUAUGUAGAUGAAAUACUUAUAUUACAUAUAAACAGAAAAAUUAUAAAAGAAAACCAAACUGGUCAACCUAUUUGUCUCUGGAUGGGUAUAUUAUCGGUGAUUGUUACUUUCUCAUUUUUAAUAUUGUUAUAUUUCUCAGGUUUUCUGCAUCUAAUAUGUAUUUUAUUAGAGUCAUGAAGACCAAAACAUUUUCUAAUCAAGGAGUAAAACAUUAAUAACUAGUUUUCUCAGAAGAAUACUUGGCAUAACGACUAAAAUCACUGAUUUUGUUAUUGCUGUUUUUAACUAUUGUCACAGGAUUUUUCUCCCAUUUUUCCAAACACAAGGACUUUGGAAAUAGUUUGUUAAAUCACCUUUCAAAAUGAAGAACAAUGCUCUCACUAAUUACUAUUUAUAGAAUUCCAUACCUCAGGU